AUGGACAAAAAAAAAUAUACAACAGCAACCACUGCGACUACCAGUAGUAGUGACGCCACGAAAAGCGCUAACCAUUAUGACAUACUGACCCAACCUGCUCAUCGAGUGCUUCAAAACUUCGUAUUAGUUUGGCUCGAUGCAAAUUUGAACGAAUACAAGAAAGACUUUAAACUAUCACUACAACACCUACGACAGAUUGUAUCAUUUAUCACAACAUAUACGAAUGUUCAAGAAUGUAUUGACUAUAUCAGUAAACUCAAAGAAGAAAAAGUAUUUAUGAUUGUAUCCGGCUCCUUGGGACGCAAGAUUAUCCCAGACAUUGUAUCGUGGCCGCAGUUAGACUCAAUAUAUAUUUUUUGUGAAAAUAAAUCUUUUCAUGAACAAUGGGCAGCACAAAUAGACAAAGUAAAAGGUGUACAUACUAAAAUCGAAUCGAUUUGUGCAGAAUUACAAAUCGAUUGUAAAAACUGUGAUCGAAAUAUGAUAUCGAUAAGUUUCAAUGGUAUUGAUCCAUUGUUUAUGUAUACUCAACUAUUAAAAGAAACCCUAUUGGAUAUCGAAGAUGACGAUACCAAAUCGAUCAAAGAACUUGCUGAGUAUUGUCGUCAUAAAGGUGAUAUACCUGAAGGAGAAAUCGAUAAAAUCGAACGUGAAUAUCGUAAUCAUUCACCCAUUUGGUGGUAUACAACGCCAUUUUUUGUAUAUUCGAUGCUUAACUAUGGUCUUCGAUUAAUGGAUGUUGAUAUUAUUCUUAAAAUGGGCUUCUUCAUCCGCCAUUUACACCAUGAAAUAAAAACGCUACAUAAAGAACAACAAUGUAGCAUGAAAAUGACAGCACCAUUUCAAGUUUUUCGCGGUCAAGGUUUAUCAAUCGAAGAUUUUGAAAAGAUGAAAAAAGCCAAAUGUGGACUCAUGUCUUUCAACAAUUUCCUUUCAACAAGUCGUGACCGUAGUACUGCACUAGAUGAGUUUGCAUUUACAGCAAUGGCUUCUGAUUCCAAUAUAGUAGGUAUCGUAUUCGUCAUGAACAUUGACCCAAAAUUAUGUGCAACAGCAUCAAUUCCGUUUGCUGACGUGAGCACACAGAGUUACUACAAAAGUCAGGAAAAAGAAAUUCUAUUUGCAACACAUACAAUUUUUCGCAUUGAUCGCAUCGAAUCAAUUCAGCAUGAGCAAACUAAUCGCCUAUGGCAAGUGAAUCUCACUCUGGUGGACAACAAUGAUCACGAACUUGACGAACUUACAUCUCACAUACGACAAGAGGUCAAGUUGGCGUCAGGAUGGUCGCGACUUGGCGAAAUCCUGAUUAAACUUGGACAGUUUGAAAAAGCAAAAUAUCUUUACCACAUCCUGCUUGAAAAUAAACCUUCGUACAUAGAUCAAGCAAACUACUAUCUUCAACUUGGCCGGGCGUACCAUCAUAUGGGUGACUUACCAGCAGCGCUUUCUCAAUAUGAAAAGUCACAUGAACUUCAGAAAGAAUAUCUUCCUCCGAAUCAUCCUGACUCUGCUAACUAUUACAAUUGUAUCGGAGAAGUACAAAGAGCCAUGGGCCACUAUCCAGAGGCACUUUCUUUUCACAAGCGAGCACUUAGCAUUCGAACACUAGCUCUCCCCCCGAAUCACCCAGACUUAGCUGCUUCUCACAACAACAUCGGUUUGGUCUAUCAAAAACAGCGCGAGUAUUCGAAAGCGCUCAAAUCGUAUCAACAAGCACUUGAAAUUAAGAAAAUGACUCUCCCUCCAAAUCAUCCUUCAUUGGCUGCUUCCUACAACAAUUUUGCUUCGGUGCAUUAUGACAAUGGCGACUAUUUGGAGGCGCUUUCACGGUACAAACAAGCAUUUGAUAUUCAAACAAAAGCUCUUCCUCCGAAUCAUCCCCAACUAGCUACUUCACACAACAACAUCGGUUUGGUCCACAAAAAGAUACACGAGUAUUCAAAAGCACUUUUAUCAUUUGAGCGAUCACUUGAAAUUCGAAAACUAGCUCUGCAUAAAAAUCAUCCCGACUUGGCCACUUCUUACAACAAUAUUGGUGCGGUGUAUUGUAACAUGGGCGAGUACUCGAAAGCACUUGCAUCGUAUAAAAAAUCACUGGAAAUCAAAAAAAUAGCUUUAUCUUCGAAUCAUCCCAAUUUGGCCAGUUCCUACCACACCAUCGCUUCUGUCUAUGAUUAUAUGGGUGACUACUCUGAAGCACUUUCAUGCUACGAAAAGUCACUUGAAAUUAAAAAAACACUUUUCCCUCCAAACGAUAACAGACUGGUGGCAUCCUACAACAGCGUCGGUGCAAUUUAUUAUAAAAUGGGCGAGUACUCUAAAGCACUCUCAUCGUAUAAACAAGCAAUUGCAAUAAUGGAAAUGACUCUCCCUUCCAGUCAUCCCGAUUUAUCUGCCUCUUACAGCAGCAUCGGUUCCGUAUAUAGAAGUAUGGGUGAGCACUCGAAUGCACUUCUAUACUACGAAAAAUAUGUGGAAGCCAGCGAAGAAACUCUCUCUCCGAAUCGUUCCUCAAUGGCCUCUACCUACAACGACAUCGGCUUGGUGUAUUAUAACAUGGGUGACUACUCAAGGGCGCUUUCAUCUUAUGAAAAGGGCUUAGAAGUCAGUCGCGAGACGUUGCCAUCGAACCAUCCCGACGUGGUUGUUUUGUAUAGCAGCAUGGGUUCUGCAUAUAAAAGCAUGAGAGAGUACUCAAAGGCACUUCAACACUACGAAAAAUAUUUGGAAAUCAGUCAAGAAACUCUCUCUCCGAAUCAUCUCUCAAUGGUCUCUACCUACAACGACAUCGGUUCAAUUUAUUAUGACACCGGCGAGUACUCUAAAGCACUUUCAUGGUACCAACGAACACUCGAAAUUCAAACAGAAGCACUUUCUCCGAAUCACGUCGACUUAGCUACUUCCUACGAUAGAAUUGGUUUGGUAUAUUAUAAAAUGGGCAAGCAUACAGAAGCACUCUCGUCGUAUGAACAAUGUCUUGAAAUUCGAAAAAUAGCUAUUCCUUCGAACCAUCCCGACCUUGCUACUACCUACAACGACAUUGGCUCGUUGUGUAGAAGCAGAGGCGAGUAUUCCAAAGCACUUCUAUAUUUUGAAAAAGUUCUGGAAAUCAGUCAGGAGACUCUGCCUUUGAAUGAUCUUAGUUUAACUACUUCCUAUAAUAACAUCGGGUGGCUGUAUAAAAAUAGAGGCGAAUAUUUAAAAGCACUUCCAUACUAUGAAAAAGAUCUAGAGAUCUGUCUGACAACUCACGGUGCCAAUCAUCCUGACUUGGCUACUUCCUACAACGACAUUGGUUCGAUGCAUAGAAACAUCGGCGAGUACACCAAGGCACUUUCAUAUUACGAAAAAGGUUUGAAAAUCAGUCAGGAUACACUUCCUCCAAAUCAUCCUGAUCUGGCUACUUCGUACAGCAGCAUUGGUGCGAUGUAUUAUAAAAUGGGACAGUUCUUGAAAGCGCGUUUAUCAUACGAACGAGCACUUGAAAUCCGAAAAAUAGCUAUCACUCCGAAUCACUCCGAAUUGGCUGCUUCUUACAAGAAUAUCGGAAUGGUAUAUGAGAGCAUGAGCAAAUAUUCGGAAGCACUUUCUUGUUACACAACAUCGCAUGAUAUCUUGAAAAAAUUACUACCUGCAAGUCAGCCACAUAUUGCAACUUUGAAAAAAAGUAUUGAUAAUGUUAAAAAAAAGUUAUGA